AAAAUACUUUAGUUUUUACACAAACAUUACGAAGGAAAAUUAAUAAAUACGUAAACUUGCAAAUUGUGAUUGAUGACUAAAUCCAUUACUUAUUUUUCAUUCAUUAAUUUCUCAGUCAUUGAAUAUGUCACUUUGGUCAUGGGGUGCCAACUCUCACGGUCAAUUAAGCAUCGGUGAAACUAACGAACAAGUUAAAACUCCUACCAAAGUGGUAUAUGAAUGUUGUAACAGUCAUGGAGUGCAACAAGUUGCCUGUGGAGGUGGUCAUAGUCUUCUGCUAGACAAAGAUUGCAAACUGUUUUCAUGUGGCUGGAACAAUAAAUUACAGCUCGGCAAGGAAAAUGAAACUGAAAUGUUUGAGAGAGUGUGGAAAUUAAGUGGUAUAAAAUUUACUAACAUUGUGUGUGGCUGGGAUUUCAGUUGUGCUGUGACUGAUGACAACUUUCUCUUUGUAUGGGGAUCUAACAGUCAUGGCCAACUUGGAUUACCAAAAGAAUACUUUACAGACAUACUGAAACCCAUUAGGUUACAAGUCAAUGCAUGUUCCGUGUCCAUGGGAUUGAGACACACAGCUAUUGUAAACUCUAAAGGUGAAGUAUGGGUCACAGGAUGUGGGAAACAUGGACAACUUGGCUUGGGUGAAGAAAAUUUACAAUCUGAUAGGUUUCAAAAUGUUCAAAAAGUUGGUAAAAUAACUCACAUUGUAUGUGGGCAAAACCAUACAGCAGCAUGGUGUACAGAAGAAAACGCUCUAUAUGUUUGGGGAGACAAUAAGCAUGGGCAACUGCUACUCAGCCCUGAGAAGUAUAAAAAGAUUUACACCCCACAGAAAAUUGAUAUUGAUGUGAAACAAGGAAUUAGGAAACUUUUGAGCGGCUGGACAAACAUGUUGCUGUGGCUUGAGAAUGGAACAUUACUUUGUUGGGGAAGGAACAGUUAUGGUCAACUAGGCACUGAGCAGCCUUUUGUGGGGAAAAUCAUUAAGGUUAAUCUACCAGAUAAUAGAGUGAUUCAAGAUAUAGCACUUGGAUCAGAACAUACAAUAUGUUUGGCUACAGACAACACUCUGUGGGCUUGGGGUUGGAAUGAGCAUGCCAACACAGGCACUGAUUCAGCGGAACAUGUGUUUCUGCCGACUCGGGUCCUUUUAGACAUUAAACCUAGUGAAAGAAUAACACAGAUUUAUUCUGGGGGAGCUCACAACUUCAUAUACAUUGAAGAUGCUAAUCAAGAAGUGGAACAAGAAAUGGAAACAUCAUUAGAUUGUGAUUGAAGUUCUGUAAGAACUUACACAAACUCUCUAGUCAUACUUUUCAAGUAUUACUUAUUUUGAUUUUUAUGGUGCUAUACCAGUUUUAAUUGAUUAUAAGUUUUUGAUAGUUAUGUCACUUUCAUGAAUAAAAUAGCAUAUUUCUUAAGACAACAAUGAAAUGUUUAGUGAUCAAUGUUAUCUUAUGACUAUAUUCUAUUAUUUUUACUGUAUGACAAUAAAUAAAACAU